AACAAACCUUUAUAAUAUAAGGGCCGAUUCACAUGUAGACGUUCUUCUAAAUUGUUAAAUAGAUAUUCUAGGCCAGACAUCAGUUUGUUUAUUUUCAUUGGUAGCAUUCUAUACUUUGAUAGUAUUGAGUAUAUUUUUGAUACUAAGAAUCCUUCCAUGAACAUCCAAAUGUCGGACAUAAAAAAUGAGGAUGUGCAGAAGCACCCCAUAUUUCACAAAGACCCAGAGCAAUGGAUGCAGUACAUCAACAAAGAAGUGUUGGUUGUAACCGAGGAUGAAUCUGAAUGGACAGGGUGGGUGUAUACUGUAGACCCAGUCUCAGAAAACAUUGUUCUCUUUGUAUUUGAAGAAGAUAGGACCAAAAUGGAAGUAGUGAUGGGUCAUGCUAUCAGAACAAUUACUAUUCUCAACAGUGAGACACAGACUCACAAAGAUAAGUUUGAUCAGCUUUUUAAAACAGCUGAACAGAGAAGUUUCUCAGAAGAGGAGAUAGAAAAGCGAAGACAUGUUCUAAAACUGUGGCUUGUGAAGAAUCUUCUUCCAGUUAGUGCUACAGGGGACAAUGGUGAAAUACUUUCUAUAUCUGAUGCUGUGUUUAUAGAGCCUCCUUACGGACCAGACAAUUGUCGUAGUACAAACGAGAUCAUUCUGGGAAGGAUUCAGGGCCUUAUCAAGAACAUGCCAGCAGAUCAUGAAAGCUGGUGAUUCUCAUUAUCAAAAUAAUUCAUUUUUUGUCACCUUCACAGACACUACAUUUUGUAACUUUAUUCUUGGUAAUAAAAUGUGUCGAGUAUCA